AUGUCUGGCACGGAAGAAUGUCCAGAGGACACGGUGCCACCAGCGACCAUCACACUACGAGUUGCUCUGCUCAGUGGGGAAGCGACCACUGUGGUCGUGGAUCAUGACAGCACUGUCCAAAGGCUACGCUCCAAGGUCCAGAAGGAGCUUGGCAUCCAUGAGCUGAUCACUGCAAGUGGUCAGCUUUUGAAGGGAACUCACACUUUGCAAGACAUAGGCCUGCAAAACGGGGAUACAGUAACUGCCACAGUCAGGUACGCGACUCUCGUGUCCGGAAGGCUUUGCAGAGCAUUUGCCUUACUCCGUGGUGAUGGGUCUGUGGUUUCCUGGGGCGAAAAAGUUGCCUGUGGUCAAUACAGCACUGUCGCGCCUGCCAAGCUCGAAGGUGUGCAGAGGAUUCGCUGCUCAAGCGGAGCUUUUGCUGCCGUGUUGAGUGAUGAUUCGGUGGUUACUUGGGGUGACACCGCUUGCGGCGCUGAUAGCACAUCAGUGAUGUCUCAGCUUCACAAUGUGCACGACAUGUCGGCUUCGGCCUUUGCCUUUGCUGCCAUCAGGCAUGAUGGUAGUGUAGUCACCUGGGGUGAUCGGCGAUUUGGUGGAGACAGCAGCUCCGUGCAGGAGCAGCUUGUGGACGUCAAGCAUAUUGCUGCCUCCGGGCGUGCGUUCGCGGCAAUUCGGGGUGAUGGUGCUGUCGCAGCAUGGGGAAGCGAGGACUGCGGAGGAGAUUGCAGUGAAGUGAAAGGUCUUCUCCAAAACGUCACACAGGUUCAUCACACGUACUCGGCCUUCGCAGCCAUCCGGAGUGACGGUAGUGUCGUCACCUGGGGCGACAAGCAUGGCGGAGGCGACAGCAGCACCGUCCAGGCUCAGCUUCAAGAUGUCAGGAAAGUCCAUGGUUCCAGCUACGCUUUCGCUGCCAUUCGAGGUGAUGGGACCGUGGUGACUUGGGGCUCAGCUGACUCGGGAGGUGACAGCAGUAGUGUGCAGGACAAGCUCCGGAACAUCAAGGAGAUCCGGGCCACCGACACCGCUUUUGCUGCCCUUCGAGGGGAUGGCACGGUUGUUACUUGGGGAGGACGUCACGGCUUUGGUCGAGGGGGGAACAGCCUGGCGGUCCAGGCCCAACUGAGAGAUGUCCAGAAGCUUUCGGCUUCCGAUGGUGCGUUCGCAGCGAUACUCGGAGAUGGGACGGUUGUCACUUGGGGAGACGAGGACUACGGAGGCGACUGCCAGGUGGUGCAGGAUCAGCUCUACGACGCUCGAGAUAUUCAAGGCUCAAACUCAGCCUUUGCCGUCAUCCGCGGUGAUGGUGGUGUGGUCACUUGGGGUGACAGGCAGGUUGGGGGUGACAGCAGUCCGGUUCAAGACCAGCUGCAGGAUGUCCAUUGCACUUCCCUUCGCAUCUCCAAGUUCUCUGCCAAGCAUGAAGCUGGAGACAGUUAA